AUGUUUGACACAAGACGAGCUUCGACUAGAUACCAGCUCCGCAAUCACCGUGCUCACUCUGUGGUCCUGUCGCCACAAGAGCUUACCGAAAUCCGUGCAGCCCAACGCACCUUCGAAGGCGCCUAUAUUCGUACCUCGCUUGGCCAGUUUAGCUUCGCAUUGGUUGUGUUGAAGAUCUUCACCAGCGAGUUCUACAGCAUCGGAGCCCUCUUCGCUUGUUACGGCGCUGGCGUACUUGCUGUCAGCGCCUAUAGACGCGCGCAAGGCAACCGGCAAUUCUUCAGCGAAGUUGGAGAUGAUGGUUUGAGCAGGAAACGCUUUCGUACUAGCGGCAACGUCGUCAUUGUGCUCACCAGCCUCAGCGUGGCCGCCUACAUUACCCUCUUAGUCCUGACCUUACGGUUGGAUACGUGA